AUGUCGAGUGAAGCGGGUAAUGGGCACAUGGCGGACACCUUCGAAGGCGCCGCGGAUCGAUGCGCCAACGAAACCGCGCGUGAGUACAACAACGCGGAUGAAUCACUGUCGCGUAUCAUAUUUCCGCCUCCCCCAAACGUCGCGUCGCGCAGCAUCCCGCACGGUAUCGCACCCCCUUCCCCACUGUCGCCAUCACCGUUGUCCCUCGCGCUCACACUCCUAUUCCCCUGGAUCGCCCUACGCGCUUCCCCACAUUCACAGCUCCUAUUUCCCCACGCAACCACUCCCCGUCGCUGUCUCUCCCCAUCCCCCUCGCUAGCGUCCCCGUUUUCCCCCAUGCGCGCCCGCCCUCUCCCCCUCGCGAUCACUCCCCGUCCCCACCACCCGUGCCCUCUCUCCCCAUUCGCUAUCACUCCCUCCCCGGCCCUUAUCACUCCCCUUCCCCAUCGUGACCUUUCCCAUUCCCCAUCAACCUCACGGCCUUCCGCUGUCGCGUUCUCUCCCAUUCCCUCUCGCUCGCGUGCACGUUCCCCCCCCCAUGUGCGCCCGAACCCCCUCCCCGCCCCUAUCACUCCCCUUCCUCGUCGCAUUCUCUCCCCUUCCCUCUCUCCUUUUGUGCCGCCCCCCCUCUCCACAAAAUCCGCCCUCCGCUUCCCCUUCGCAAGCACUCCCCUGCUCCAUCGCUAUCCAUUCAUUUCCCCCUCGAAAGCUCUCCAACGCACCGCUAGCCCUAUCCUUCCCCACUGCUAUCACUCCCUACCCGCCCCUAUCACUCCCCUUCCUCGUCGCAUUCUCUCCCCUUCCCUCUCUCCGCCCGCGCUUCAACCCGUCGCCAUCCGUUCUUCUCGUCGUCCUCCCUUCGUCCAUCCGUCAAUUCUCUCCCCGUCGCCCUCGCUUUCCCCGUCGCCCUCGCUUUCCCCGUCGCCCUCGCUUUCCCCGUCGCCCUCGCCUUCCCCGUCGCCCUUGCGACGCUACCCGUCGCCCUCGCUUUUCCCGUCGCCCAUCCAUCCACUGCUCGUCGCCUUCGCCUUCCCUCCCGCCUCCCUUCCCAUCUGCUUCCCCUCCUCCCCUUCCCUGCUUCCCCAUCUCCCCUUCCCUGCUUCCCCCCAUCCCCUGCCCUGCUUCCCCCCAUCAGAUUCCCGUCUCGCCCCCAUCCCCCUCCCUGCUCCCCCCCAUCCCCCUCCCUGCUUCCCCCCAUCCCGUGCCCUGCUUCCCCCCAUCCCCUUCCCUGCUUCCCCCCAUCCCCUUCCCUGCUUCCCCCCAACCCCCUCCCUGCUUCCCCCCAUCCCCUUCCCUGCUUCCCCCCAUCCCCUUCCCUGCUUCCCCCCAUCCCCUUCCCUGCUUCCCUCCAUCCCCUUCCCUGCUUCCCCCCAACCCCCUCCCUGCUUCCCCCCAUCCCCUUCCCUGCUUCCCCCCAUCCCCUUCCCUGCUUCCCCCCAACCCCCUCCCUGCUUCCCCCCAUCCCCCUCCCUGCUUCCCCCCAUCCCCUUCCCUGCUUCCCCCCAUCCCCUUCCCUGCUUCCCCCCAACCCCCUCCCUGCUUCCCCCCAUCCCCUUCCCUGCUUCCCCCCAUCCCCCUCCCUGCUUCCCCCCAUCCUCUUCCCUGCUUCCCCCCAUCCCCUUCCCUGCUUCCCCCCAACCCCCUCCUUGCUUCCCCCCAUCCCCUUCCCUGCUUCCCCCCAUCCCCCUCCCUGCUUCCCCCCAUCCCCUUCCCUGCUUCCCCCCAACCCCCUCCCUCGGGCCCCCUUCCUCUUUAUUCUUUCCCCUUAUCCCGAUCCCUGCUUCCCCCCAUCCGGUUUUCUGCUUCCCCCCUCCCCUUCCCUGCCACCCCAUGUCCCCUUCUCUGCUUCCCCCCCUCCCCUGGCCUGCUUCCCCUAGUCGCCUUCCCUGCUUCCCCCCCCCCCCCCUUCCCUGCUCCCUCCCAUCCCCUCCCCUGCUUCCCCCCAUGCCCUUCCCUGCUUCCCCCCACCGGAUUCCUGUCUCGCCCCCAUCCCCCUCCCUGCUUCCCCCCAUCCCCUUCCCUGCUUCCCCCCAUCCCGUGCCCUGCUCCCCCCCAUCCCCUUCCCUGCUUCCCCCCAUCCCGUGCCCUGCUUCCCCCCAUCCCCUUCCCUGCUUCCCCCCAACCCCCUCCCUCGGACCCCCUUCCUCUUUAUUCUUUCCCCUUAUCCCGAUCCCUGCUUCCCCCCAUCCGGUUUUCUGCUUCCCCCCUCCCCUUCCCUGCCACCCCAUGUCCCCUUCUCUGCUUCCCCCCCUCCCCUGGCCUGCUUCCCCUAGUCCCCUUCCCUGCUUCCCCCCCUCCCCUUCCCUGCUCCCUCCCAUCCCCUCCCCUGCUUCCCCCCAUGCCCUUCCAUGCUUCCCCCCACCGGAUUCCCGUCUCGCCCCCAUCCCCCUCCCUGCUUCCCCCCAUCCCCUUCCCUGCUUCCCCCCAUCCCGUGCCCUGAUCCCCCCCAUCCCCUUCCCUGCUUCCCCCCAUCCCGUGCCCUGCUUCCCCCCAUCCCCUUCCCUGCUUCCCUCCAACCCCCUCCCUGCGUCCCCCAUCCUCUUCAUUCUUUCCCCUUAUCCCGAUCCAUGCUUCCCCCCAUCCGGUUUUCUGCUUCCCCCCUCCCCUUCCCUGCCACCCCAUGUCCCCUUCUCUGCUUCCCCCCCUCCCCUUCCCUGCUUCCCCCCCUCCCCUUCCCUGCUCCCUCCCAUCCCCUCCCCUGCUUCCCCCCAUGCCCUUCCCUGCUUCCCCCCAUCCCCUUCGCUGCUUCCCCCCAUCCCGUGCCCUGCUUCCCCCCCUCCCCUUCCCUGCUUCAACCCAUCCACUUCCCUGCUUCCCCCCAUCUCGUGCCCUUCUUCCCCCCAUCCCCUUCCCCGCUUCCCCCCAACCCCCUCCCUGCAUGCCCCAUCCUCUUCAUUCUUUCCCCGCAUCCCAAGCCCUGCUUCCCCCCAUCCAGUUUUCUGCUUCCCCCCUCCCCUUCCCCCCUUCCCCAUGUCCCCUUCUCUGCUUCCCCCCCUCCCCUUCCCUGCUUCCCCCCCUCCCCUUCCCUGCUUCCCCCCUUCCCCUACCCUGUUUCCCCCCAUCCCCUUCCCUGCUUCCCCCCCUCCCCAAGCCCUGCUUCCCCCCAUCCGGUUUUCUGCUUCCCACCUCCCCUUCCCUGCCACCCCAUGUCCCCUUCCCUGCUUCCCCCCAUCCCCUUCCCUGCUUCCCCCCACCAGAUUCCCGUCUCGCCCCCAUCCCCUUCCCUGCUUCCCCCCAUCCCCUUACCUGCUUCCCCCCAUCCCGUGCCCUGCUUCCCCCCAUCCCCUUCCCUGCUUCCCCCCAUCCCCUUCCCUGCUUCCCCCCAACCCCCUCCCUGCGUCCCCCAUCCUCUUAAUUCUUUCCCCUUAUCCCAAGUCCUGCUUCCCCCCAUCCGGUUUUCUGCUUCUCCCCUCCCCUUCCCUCCUUCCCCAUGUCCCCUUCUCUGCUUUCCCCCCUCCCCUUCCCUGCUUCCCCAUGUCCCCUUCCCUGCUUCCCCCCCUCCCCUGCCCCGCUUCCCCCCAACCCCCUCCCUGCAUCCCCCAUCCUCUUCAUUCUUUCCCCGCAUCCCAAGCCCUGCUUCCCCCCAUCCGGUUUUCUGCUUCCCCCCUCCCCUUCCCUGCCACCCCAUGUCCCCUUCCCUGCUUCCCCCCACCAGAUUCCCGUCUCGCCCCCAUCCCCCUCCCUGCUUCCGCCCAUCCCCUUCCCUGCUUCCCCCCAUCCCGUGCCCUACUUCCCCCCAUCCCCUUCCGUGCUUCCCCCCAACCCCCUCCCUGCGUCCCCCAUCCUCUUCAUUCUUUCCCCUUAUCCCAAGCCCUGCUUCCCCCCAUCCGGUUUUCUGCUUCCCCCCUCCCCUUCCCUCCUUCCCCAUGUCCCCUUCCUUGCUUCCAUGACAGCAAUGCCCUUUCCCUGCUAUAUCCCUCCUCCACUCCAAUCCGCAGGUGUGUGUUGCCCCUCAGCCCCACACCAUGGCAGCAGUGCACGUCCCAAAAUACAUCGCACACUCCGGCGACGUCUCACUCCCAGUGA